AUGUACUGGAUAGAUGGUCUACCCCAACGUUCUAUUAGUAUCUCCCAUCUUGAAGGAGAAGACGUGUUGAAGAUAGUGUCUGUACCCCAUACACCAUAUUUAUGUUGUUUAACAUCAACCACAGUUCAUUUAGUUGAACAGCACUCUUUGCUUCCAGUUACUUAUCAUAGAAGAAAGGUUGAGUCUUUAAAGCAAUAUGGUUUCAACAUAAACAUCAAGACAAAGAUCCAUCGAGUGAAAAGUUGUCAAUUGGAAACCCUCAAAUACACCAAUGUAAUGGUGUUAACUGACAAGAAUUGUAUAAAGAUAUACCAAAUUGUACUGAGUAAAUCUAAAGGAAAUGAUGGUAUAUUUGAAGUGAAUUUUGUUGAUUCAAACGAUAUUCUUCAGAAUAGCUUACCCAUUGUAAGUACAUCCAAUAAUUUAGGAAUAAUGGAUUAUGUUAAACAAGCCACCAAACUGAUUAUGGGUGGAGGAGACCAAGUACCAGUGGAAAAUUUAGAGCAUUUCAAUAACUGUGCCAUUGAUGAUGAAAAGAACAAUUAUGAUAUCAAUAAAGUAAGAAUCUCUCCCUAUAGAAUGUUCAGACUGACUAUGGAAAUCGAUGACUACUGGUUGAAAUCCAAUUCCCAUGAUUUGAUAUUAUACAAUGAGAAACCGGCCAACGGUGGACAAGAAGACAUGAAUAAUGACAAUAAUGUCACCAGUGAUACACUGAAAAGAAUGCAUUAUAUAUUUGAGACUAUCAACUUGAAAACUUCUCAUGCAGUAACAGUCUCGUUAAAGGAUUGUCCCAAUUAUCCAUUCCAUGAGGGCACAAGACUUUUAUAUGUUACUUUUGAUGUUAGUCGAGAUCAAUUCCUUAUACUUAAUGAAAAGAAUGAAUUAUGGAUAUUGAGAUAUGAUGAGUCCAAAUCCACAUUCAACUCAAAGCUAGCCUUCCAGUUUAAUAAAGAUCAUCAUAAAGAUUCUCAGAGUCGGGUUCAUGUUAAAUUUGCAUUGAAUUCAAAAUACUCUAUAUUAAUUGUUGCACUUAACAACGAGAUUCAUCUACUUAAAGGCACAACCAAAGAUCAUCACCAAUUUACACUCCUAAAAAAAUUUACCCUAAAGAUUAUACCGAAAUCAAUUACAUGGUCUCCUAAUGAUGAGUUCUUCAUCACAAUUGGUCAACAGUAUUUUAGAAUCUUUACCAAAUUUGGAUCUUGCACUUUCAGUUCCAGAUACAUUAAAAAUGAAGUGGAUCAAAUUCAUCAUCAUAGUAGUGAAGCUCAAGUAGAGGUUUCUGAUUGGUUGACUCCUAAAUCAAUCAUUGUUUCGGACAAUUCCUUGUUUUUGUAUAUUCAAACCCAAGAAAGAUUAUAUGAAGUGACUUUACUAACUUCUAUUGUCAAAAGUGAUUUAUUCAUCAACUCUCGUUAUAUCAGUUUGAUAAACGGCACUAACAAGUUCCUUCAAUUCCCCUUACCUACAAGUUUCCUUCCCGUUAUAAGACAACUUGAAACCUACCAUCACCCCCAUCACAUUACACAUGUGGGGAACCUUGUUUGCAAACGAAACAGCUACAACCAAUUAUCGAUUUCGUAUGGUAAUCAUUUGGCAGUACUGACUCCGUUUUCAAGUAGAAAUGUUAUUGAGGAACCCAUGCCUCGAUUACAACAAACCAACCAAGCCUUGUGGUUAAAUUUCAAUAGCCAUUUCACCACACCGUUCAAUAUCAUUGAUCAUUUUUGGUUUGAAGACUAUUUGGUAUUGAUUAACCGAGUCUCCAUGUUUGAAGAAGAUAACGACGACAAAAAUGAUGAUGAGACUGAGUUGAUUGUGGAUGAGAUAAUUGUUCUCAACACAACCCAUACAAGAUUUGCCAUUGGAGGAGAACCCGUGGACUUUGAUACGGAUUUAAUACUUUGGAGACACAAUUUUGGGAAUUGGUUUCAAAGUGUUGAGUUAAUGCACAAGCCCAAGAAUGACAGUGGGAGUUUGGUGAUUCAAUCUAACGAUAAGAAGGUGAUAAUCUUAGAAUUAUCGUUGAACAAGCAUCAUGGCAGAAGUAGUAGUAGCACCGAUCUACAACAACAACAGCAGCAGCAAGAAGAUGCUAAAGAUUAUAAGAUCUUUGUUGGACUUAAUCGAACCAUCCACAUCAAUAACAUUAACUCUAAGAUCCCCCUAGACGAAGUUACCCGUCUAAGCUUGAUCAAAGAGAGUCAUAUGCUUUUCCAUUUGAACUCAGGAGAAUUAUAUUUCCUCAAGCAUAAACUGGCCCAAGUAGGUAAUCAGAAGAAUAUCAUGCAUGAAAUGGUAAAAAUUGCCGAUUGUGUUGAAUCGUUUGAACUAAGUGAAUUUCAUCUUGGUGAUGAGAUUGUGGAAUAUUUAUGUAUACGAAGUGGAGAAGCUCAAGUCUUGGUUUACGACUUGGACAAUGGUACGAACCAUCUGAUUAUACUUAAAGAUAAACGUAUAGUUGAUGAUGUAAUGUUUUAUCCCUUUCGGGUUCACCAAAGACAAUUAAGUCUUAUAGGGAUUGAGACUGCAUCUGUUGCCAAGGGUAACUAUGUCCUGUUGUGGAACAAUAUUUUGUAUCAACACAUACUUUACAAGUUUGUGGAAUCUGAGUUGCGCUCUAUGGGAGAUGAAGAUGGUGAUGAAGAUUUGAAGCAUACUUAUUCCAGAUACAAGGGGUUUCCUAGUUUUGAUCAUAAUUUGGAAAUUCUCCUUUAUGAGCAAUUAACAACAAACAAUGAUUGUACUAUGAAACUGUUGCUACGUAAUUUAGUGUCCCUCAUUCAACUUUCUCCUAACGGUGAUUCUAUCUUCAUCAACUGUUUGAGAAAGAUAGAAAUAGACUAUUGGUCUGUGUUUUUCAAUGUCUUGAACACCACUCCUCAUGAGUAUAUGAAGAAACUUAUUACCAAUGAGAACGUGGAGCUUUGUUAUCGAUUCCUUAUCGUUUAUUUGAACUAUAAGAAGGAAGAUGGAGAAUUCCAGUCAUCAUUGGAUUCUAAUGAUAGAAAUAUCAUCUUAGCCAUCAUUACAAUGUUAGACAAGUAUCACAAGUGGGAAUGGUGCUUUGAAAUCAUGACUUUGGCUACUGCAUUUGCUGAAACCACCAAACGGUCCCUCACUGCUGCUGAUAUGAGAAAAAGAGUUCUUCAUUUAUAUCGUAAGUUCAUCAGAAACUCCCAAGAGUUUAGCAACUUGUACGAAUUGGAUAUGCCCGUCUCCAACAUCAAAACCAAAAUCAGACAAGAGUUUGAAAGAAACAGAUAUGUUAAAAACAUUGAUAUCACCAAUGUCUUGUAUAUGAAGGGACAAAUGGAAUUUCAAGAGUUGGUUAACUUUUGGAAACAACAAUGCCAUGUAUUGAAUUAUUUUGAUGAACAAACUUCAAAGGAUGUGCCCAAGAGUGAUUUCGUUAGCGGGUUCUUAAAGGGCAAUUAA